AUGACAUUGAAAAACUACGCCGCCCAUCACCACCAUCACCGAAUAGAACCUCGCAUACCCAGAUCCAGCCCGUAUAUAUGCACCAGCCUAUCUAACAUUCUCACCCGUUGCUGGACGUCCAGAAAGGAAUCAUCCAGCUUCGAAAAGGCGGCCCUGCUGCCUCCGGACUCUCCGUCCUCGCUCGCAGACAAAUAUGGAUCCUGCACGGACAUCCUCCACUAUGGUGAUCAUAGUUCGAUAAGACUGUAUGCGCAACGGUUCCCCAAUUCGUCCUCCAGACACCAGACCCUCCAUGUGGUAAAGGUCUUUCGGCGGUCCUCCAACCCGGCGGUAGUAAACGGACAGCUUUUCGAACAAUCCCUCGCCUCCACCGCGUCACACCCUAAUCUCCUCCGCGCGAUCGACAGCCUCCACAACGACCAGCGAGAGCCAUGUCUUGUCAUAGAAUACUGCGCGGGCGGUGACCUCAACACCCAUAUAUCCACGUCCGGGACUCUGGAGGCGCCCGAAGCAGACUGUUUCUUCAAGCAGCUCAUGCGUGCGGUGUCGUAUCUUCACGACAACGCCAUCGCGCACAGGGACAUCAAGACGGAGAACAUCCUGCUCACCGCACACGGGGCCAUCAAGCUGACCGACUUUGGCAGCGCGCAGUGGCUGGGGGAUGCGGAUGAGAAAGAUUCAGAGGCCGCUGAAGCACACCGCCAACAACCCCCUCCACGGAAACUGAUUGGCACCCUUCCGUAUCUCCCCCCGGAGGAGUUGAGCGGCUCUGUAUCUGACCCCCGCGCGGGCGAUAUCUGGGCCGCUGGACUGGUCUAUAUGGCUAUGAGGUGUGGCCGGCUGCUGUGGAGAAUGCCGUGUGACCAGGAAGACACGGGCUUCAAAGCGUACCUCCAAGGGCGGCGAUGCUGUCAUGGAUAUCGACCGAUAGAAGAUCUGGAAAAGGAAUGUCGUUUACGCGAUGCUCUGCCCUAA